AUGGCUAAUAGCAGGUGCAGGGCUUGCCCAUACAGUCUGAGCCCUGUGCGCUGCGGGCACACAUUUUGCGCGCUCUGCCUCUUGAAGUGGUGGCUCAGCAAUUUGUGCGAUGAUUGUGGCGGUUGGUGCAACACCCUUCAGUGCCCCCUGUGCCGGCAACUACUGCCAUCUAUUUACAACACCGUUCCACGUGCUAUGUACAAACUCCCUUUCACUCCAGCUCGUCUGGCAGAUGAGAGGAUUGUCGAAUUGCUCGAUGUCUUGCAAGGCCCCGAGCUUGAAAAUCCUGACGCAGCGGCUCCCACUGGUCUGUCGACUGGCUGGGAGCGCGGUGGAGAGCUGCGAGCUGAGUGGCAAAGUCGCGAUAAACGAGGGCGUGACGAGAUGCGUUACAUCGCUGAUCGUUGGGUUGAUUUGCCGCCGAUAUUACUCAAGGUCAUGAAAUCCGAUGUAUGUGCUGCCUGA